CAUAGCGAUCGUGUGUGAAGCAUCACGGUGCGAGUUUGAGCCAAAGAUGUGCUCGUGCGCUGCUGAUCUAAAGCUAUCGAGUGAUCACACCGCCUCCUCGCACGACAUUUGUGCUAUUUUUGCCACUGCUAUGUUUUUCGUUUGCUUGCCACACUUUUCCCUGUUGAACGAAAGUGGCGGUGAAGUGCAAAUGAGCAAAAAUCUGAUGAAAAAGACACGUACGUAUACAGAUAACCAAUAUGAGCUCAUACGAAUAACGCCAACUCACCAAUUUGUUUGCUGUCUUUCGCAGUCGAAUGAAAUUCGCUUAACUGAAUUACUUGUGUGGGCACUUUCUUCAGCUUAUUUGCGAAAUUUUUUGUGUUUUGCAAAAAUUUCAGGUGCGAAUAUUGUUUAUAUAUUGCGCGUGAAAUUUUACAGUGUGUGUACUAUAUUCUCCUGUUGAUUUGUUGUUGGAUCACCGAAUUGCUUUGCAGACGCCCGAAAAGCAUCAAAGUGGAUUAUUACUCAAAAUUUGUGUAUGCCAAAUUUAACAGACAUGCCUUAAAUUUAUAAGAAUAUGCAUGGUGAAAAAAUUAUAGCCACAGAUGUAGUUUUCAAUUAAACAAUAUUUGAUGGUUGGCCAUGGCAAAUAUGCACUUUAUCCAAAUUUUGUAGGUACAUUUCAAAACUGUGUAUUAAAAGAAUUUUUAAAUAAAC